UCUUCUAAACAAAUUCACCAACUCCUUCACCACCACCACCACCACCACCACCGCCACCAUCUCUCUCUCUCUCUCUCAGACAACUGAGAUAUCUUUGUUGCCAUGGAGGAGAUGAUCCUCAGGGAACAACCCUUUAUGGUGAAGUCAAGCUCCAUCUCAGCCCCAUCAUCUGCCCUAGGGAUCCACAAAGACUCGAGAUCAAUUGCCAAAGUCAAACCCAAGAUCAGGAUAAUCCACAUAUUCGCCCCGGAGAUCAUAAAGACUGACACCGCCAACUUCCGGGGCCUCGUGCAACGCCUGACCGGGAAGCCCACCGCCAGCACUUCCGACCAUCAGAAGAGCCAGAAAAGGAAGUCACCCGGGCUCAUCUUCCCUAAGAGAGAAGGGCAUCAAAAGAUCACUCCUGAGAGGCCAAUCCCAAGGAAGAUGGAGCCGAUAAACCUGUUCUGCGGGUUCGACCCUAGGGAGAGGAUGAAGGAGGAAGAAGGGAUGAUGAUGAUGAUGAGAGGUGGAGGGGAGGGAGGUGGGUACUUGAAGGAUUUUGCGGACUUGGACGGUUUCAUGCAUGAGUUGGGAGGGUUGCCUCUGUUGCCUGCGGAUGCUUCUCAAAUCCCCACCUUUGAAGCACCUCAUCACCACCAUCACCCCCACCACGUCUCCCAAUGAAACACGCAAGCGGGCGUGU